GGCCGUGCGUUGGACACCUGGCCGGCAUGAGGAAGGAGUCCUUUGCUCCGCUGACCCCGCUUGAAGACGUUUCCACUUUCGUCCUCUUCUCAAGAUGGUGGCCUCUCGGGCGAUCGGUAGCCUCAGGCGCUUCGCUGCCUCCAGGACCUUCCGCCCUCCAGGUUAUAUUUGCCGCAACUUUACGAGGUCCUCUGCUUUGCUGGCCAGAACUUACAUUAACUAUGGAGUCAAAGGGGAUGUGGCAGUUGUUCGAAUUAAUUCGCCCAAUUCAAAGGUAAAUACACUGAAUAAAGAGCUGCACGCAGAGUUGGUGGAAGUAAUGAAUGAAAUCUGGGCUAGCGAUCAAAUCAGAAGUGCCGUCCUUAUUUCAUCAAAGCCAGGCUGCUUUAUCGCAGGUGCUGAUAUCAACAUGUUAUCCAGUUGCAAGACCUCUCAAGAAGUAACACAAAUAUCACAGGAAGCACAGAGCAUGUUUGAGAAAGUGGAAAAGUCCCCCAAGCCUAUUGUGGCUGCCAUCAGCGGAUCCUGCCUGGGAGGAGGACUUGAGCUUGCCAUUUCAUGCCAUUACAGAAUAGCAACAAAAGAUAAAAAAACAGUAUUAGGUUCUCCUGAAGUCCUGCUGGGGAUAUUACCAGGAGCAGGAGGCACACAGAGGCUCCCCAAAAUGGUGGGUAUACCUGGUGCUUUUGACAUGAUGCUGACUGGUAGAAAUAUUCGGGCAGACAAAGCAAAGAAAAUGGGAUUGGUUGACCAACUGGUGGAACCCCUGGGGCCAGGAAUAAAACCUCCAGAGGAACGGACAAUCGAAUACCUAGAAGAAGUCGCAGUUACUUUUGCCAAAGAACUAGCUGAUAAGAAGAUUUCCCCAAAGAGAGACAAGGGAUUGGUGGAAAAAUUGACAUCGUACGCCAUGACUAUUCCAUUUAUCAGGCAACAGGUUUACAAAAAGGUGGAAGAAAAAGUACAAAAGCAGACCAAAGGCCUUUAUCCUGCACCUCUGAAAAUAAUCGAAGUGGUAAAGACUGGUAUUGAGCAAGGGAAUGAUGCUGGCUACCUCUCGGAAUCUCAGAAAUUUGGAGAGCUUGCAAUGACCAAAGAAUCAAAGGCCUUGAUGGGACUUUACCAUAGUCAGGUCCAAUGCAAGAGGAAUAAAUUUGGAGCCCCUCAGAAGGAUGUUAAGCAUCUAGCUAUUCUUGGUGCAGGGCUGAUGGGAGCCGGCAUUGCCCAGGUCUCUGUGGAUAAGGGGCUAAAGACUAUACUUAAAGAUGCUACACUACCCGCGCUGGGCCGAGGACAGCAACAAGUGUUCAAUGGAUUGAAUGAUAAAGUGAAGAAGAAGUCUCUAACAUCAUUUGAAAGAGACUCCAUUUUCAGCAAUUUGACUGGGCAGCUUGAUUACCAGGGUUUUGAAAAGGCUGACAUGGUGAUUGAAGCUGUUUUUGAGGACCUUAAUAUUAAGCACAAAGUGCUAAAGGAAGUAGAGGCGGUGAUUCCAGAUCACUGUGUCUUUGCCAGUAACACUUCUGCUCUCCCGAUCAGUAAAAUUGCUGCUGUCAGCAAAAGACCUGAAAAGGUGAUUGGCAUGCAUUACUUCUCUCCUGUGGACAAGAUGCAGCUGCUAGAGAUUAUCACAACCGAAAAAACGUCCAAGGACACAACGGCUUCAGCUGUCACUGUUGGUCUCCAGCAGGGGAAGGUCAUCAUUGUGGUUAAGGACGGACCAGGCUUCUAUACCACCAGGUGUCUUGCACCAAUGAUGUCUGAAGUCAUAAAAAUUCUCCAGGAAGGAGUUGGCCCUAAGAAACUGGAUUCCCUGACCACAGGCUUUGGCUUUCCUGUGGGUGCUGCCACCCUGAUGGAUGAAGUGGGCGUGGAUGUAGCUAACCACGUAUCAGAAGAUCUAGGCAAAGCCUUUGGGGAGCGGUUUGGAAGUGGAAGCGGAGAGCUGCUGAAGCAGAUGGUGUCCAAGGGCUUCCUCGGUCGCAAGUCUGGGAAGGGCUUUUACAUCUACGAGGAGGGUGUGAAGAGUAAGAAUUUGAAUUCUGACAUGGACAGUAUUUUGGCAAGUCUGAAGGUGCCUCCCAAGCCUGAUGUCUCCUCUGAUGAGGACAUCCAGUACCGCCUGGUGACAAGGUUUGUGAAUGAGGCUGUCAUGUGCCUGCAAGAAGGGAUCUUGGCCACACCUGCAGAGGGAGACAUCGGAGCCGUCUUUGGGCUCGGCUUCCCCCCUUGUCUUGGAGGGCCCUUCCGCUUUGUGGAUCUGUACGGUGCUCAGAAGGUAGUGGACAGGCUCAGGAGGUAUGAGGCUGCCUAUGGUAAACAGUUCACUCCGUGCCAGCUGCUAAUUGACCACGCAAACAGCCCCAACAAGAAGUUUUACCAGUGAGCCACCCCCACACCACUCAGUGAGCUUGCUGGUCCCGGCUGCAGCAGCGCUGGCCCUCUGACAGAGUGGCGUCCAGAUUCUUCAGUUAACAGAGGAAGACAAACUCAGGCAUCAGAUUUGCUCCUUGAUUAGCGUGCCUUCAGCCAUGACUGUCUCCGGUUCUGUGAAGUCUGACCAGAUUAAGAUUUUGCACUUCGUGUCAGAAGCUAGACUCACUGUGCUCAUGAUUUUAUAAGGCCUAAGGCCCAAGGUGACUGCAUCUUUGGAGUUAUCUUUGCUGCCUGUUCCUACCCAGGAGGUUGAUGGUGGUGAGGGCAGCUCUGCACUCAGCCAAACACAGGAUAACAAUAAAAACUAAACUCUUUAUCAGCU